UGUUUCGCUGCGGGAAGCGCUGCCCCGUGGCCUGUUGGUACCUGCGGCCGGGCGGCCGGGGGAAAGGACCUUCCUCGGGUGAAGAGUUCUGGCGCCUCGCCCGGCGCCCUCGCCAUGGACACGAUGAAAACCACCUACAUCGUGCUGGAGCUGAUCAUCGCCGUGCUGUCUAUCGCCGGCAACGUCCUGGUCUGCUGGGCCGUGGCCAUCAACAGCACCUUGAAGAACGCGACCAACUAUUUCUUGGUGUCCCUGGCCGUGGCUGAUAUUGCCGUGGGUUUGUUAGCCAUCCCUUUCGCCAUCACCAUCAGCAUCGGGUUCCAGGUGGAUUUUCACAGCUGCCUCUUCUUCGCCUGCUUCGUGCUGGUGCUGACCCAGAGCUCCAUUUUCAGCUUGCUGGCGGUGGCCAUCGACCGGUACCUGGCUAUUAAGAUCCCACUGAGGUACAAUAGUCUGGUGACUGGCAAGCGGGCAAGAGGACUCAUCGCUGUGCUGUGGCUCCUGUCCUUUGGAAUUGGACUGACUCCUCUUAUGGGCUGGAAUAAAGCCAUGAGCGUUUGUACCAACGCCACCAACGAGACAGGGGCUGAUACCGGGACAGAGCACCAUGGCUGCUUCAUCUCAUGCCUCUUCGAGAACGUCGUAACGAUGAGCUACAUGGUGUAUUUCAACUUCUUUGGCUGCGUGCUGCUUCCGCUCGUUAUCAUGCUGGGAAUCUACGUUAAGAUAUUCAUGGUUGCCUGCAAACAGUUGCAUCAGAUCGAACUGAUGGGCAACUCCAGGACCACACUGCAGAAGGAGGUCCACGCAGCCAAGUCUCUGGCCAUCAUUGUAGGACUUUUUGCCUUCUGUUGGCUGCCUCUGCAUAUCUUGAACUGCAUCACUCUAUUCCAUGAGGAGUUUUCCAGAUCCAAGCCUGUGUGGGUGAUGUAUAUGGCCAUCAUCCUUUCCCAUGCCAACUCUGUCAUCAAUCCCAUCAUCUAUGCCUACAGGAUCAGGGACUUCCGCUACACCUUCCGCAAGAUCAUUUCCAAGAUCCUCUGUAAGACGGAUGACUUCCCCAAGUGCGCCACUGACAACAACCAGCACCUGACUGCCACCCACAUUAACUCUCCAGUAGCCUCUGUGACCAUAUGACCGUGCGUGUCCUGCUCCGAGGACUUUGCAGUCUGUCCCCGACACUACCCCUCCCUGUGCCUAUGUGAACAGUUACAGCUAACUCCUAGAGGAGUGCUCAGAGAUGACCACUAUGCAGUUAUGCAGCUGUAUUUUUUUUUUUCUUUUUUGUAUUUUUGUA